AUGGACGUGGACGUGGACGUGGACGUGGACGUGGACGUGGACGUGGAGAACUUGGACGUGGACAUGGACGUGAACGUGGACCUGGACGUGGACAUGGACGUGGACGUGGACGUGGACGUGGACGUGGACGUGGACAUGGACGUGGACGUGGACGUGGACGUGGACGUGGACAUGGACGUAGACAUGGACGUGGACGUGGACGUGGAUGUCGACAUGGACGUGGACGUGGACAUGGACGUGGACGUGGACGUGGACGUGGAGGACGUGGACGUGGACGUGGACGUGGACGUGGAGGACGUGGACGUGGACGUGGACGUGGACGUGGACGUGGACGUGGAGAACUUGGACGUGGACAUGGACGUGAACGUGGACGUGGACGUGGACGUGGAGGACUUGGACGUGGACAUGGACGUGGACGUGGACGUGGACGUUGACGUGGACGUGGACGUGGAGAUGGACGUGGACGUGGACGUGGACGUGGACGUGGACGUGGACAUGGACGUGGACGUGGACGUGGACGUGGACAUGGAGGUGGACGUGGACGUGGACGUGGACAUGGACGUGGACAUGGACGUGGACGUGGACGUGGAUGACGUGGACGUGGACGUGGACGUGGACGUGGAGAACUUGGACGUGGACAUGGACGUGAACGUGGACGUGGACGUGGACGUGGAGGACUUGGACGUGGACAUGGACGUGGACGUGGACGUGGACAUGGACGUGGACGUGGACGUGGACGUGGACAUGGACGUGGACGUGGACGUGGACGUGGACGUGGACAUGGACCUGGACAUGGACGUGGACGUGGACGUGGACAUGGACGUGGACGUGGACCUGGUCGUGGACGUGGACAUGGACGUGGACGUGGACGUGGACGUGGACAUGGACGUGGACAACUUGGACGUGGACAUGGACGUGGACGUGGAGGUGGACGUGGACAUGGACGUGGACGUGGACGUGGACGUGGACGUGGACGUGGAGGUGGACGUGGACGUGGAGGUGGACGUAGACGUGGACGUGGACGUGGACGUGGACGUGGACGUGGAGGACGUGGACGUGGACGUGGACGUGGACGUGGAGAACUUGCACGUGGACAUGGACGUGAACGUGGACGUGGAGGUGGACGUGGAGGACUUGGACGUGGACAUGGACGUGGACGUGGACGUGGACGUGGAGGUGGACGUGGACGUGGACGUGGACAUGGACGUGGACGUGGACAUGGACGUGGACGUGGACGUGGACGUGGACGUGGAGUGGACGUGGAGUGGACGUGGACGUGGACAUGGACGUGGACGUGGAGUGGACGUGGACGUGGACGUGGACGUGGACAUGGACGUGGAGAACUUGGACGUGGACAUGGACGUGGACGUGGACAUGGACGUGGACGUGGACGUGGACGUGGACAUGGACGUGGACGUCGACGUGGACGUGGACGUGGAGGUGGACGUGGACAUGGACGUGGACGUGGACGUGGACGUGGACAUGGACGUGGACGUGGAUGUGGAGGUGGACGUUGACGUGGAGGUGGACGUGGAGUUGGACGUGGACGUGGACGUGGACAUGGACGUGGACGUGGACGUGGACGUGGACGUGGACGUGGACGUGGACAUGGAUGUGGACCUGGACGUGGACGUGGACGUGGAGGUGGACGUAGACGUGGACGUGGACGUGGACGUGGACGUGGACGUGGACGUAGAGGACGUGGACAUGGACGUGGACGUGGACGUGGAGAACUUGGACGUGGACAUGGACGUGAACGUGGACGUGGAGGUGGACGUGGAGGACGUGAACGUGGACGUGGACGUGGACGUGGAGGACUUGGACGUGGACGUGGUAGUGGACGUUGACGUGGACGUGGACGUGGACGUGGACGUUGACGUGGACGUGGACGUGCACAUGGACGUGGACGUGGAUGUGGACGUGGACGUGGACGUGGACAUGGACGUGGACAUGGACGUGGACGUGGACGUGGACAUGGACGUGGACAUGGACGUGGACAUGGACGUGGACGUGGAGUGGACGUGGAGUGUUCUGGACGUGGACGUGGACGUGGACAUGGACGUGGACGUGGACGUGGACGUGGACGUGGACGUGGACGUGGACGUGGAGGACGUGGACGUGGACGUGGACGUGGACGUGGAGAACUUGGACCUGGACAGGGACGUGAACGUGGACAUGGACGUGGACGUGGAGGACUUGGACGUGGACAUGGACGUGGACGUGGACGUGGACAUGGACGUGGACGUGGACGUGGACGUGGACGUGGACAUGGACGUGGACGUGGACGUGGACGUGGACGUGGACGUGGACCUGGACAUGGACGUGGACGUGGACGUGGACGUGGACAUGGACGUGGACGUGGACAUGGUCGUGGACGUGGACGUGGACGUGGACAUGGACGUGGACGUGAACAAGACGUGGACGUGA